GACCCGCGAACUACUCGCGCGCUACCAAAGACUUUUUGUGACGUGAUCAUGCAAGUGCUAGCUUUAUUCGCCCUCGUGUGGCUCCUAAACGAAGUCAGGGGCGUUAUCAGAACACCCCUCGAAGCCUUCAGGCCCUCUGCCGAAAUACACAUACGUCGACCGGACAAAUUGCCUCUUUUGCCUCAUAGAAGGACGAUGCAACAGAAAAGCGGACUCAAGAUUCUGUACCAAACAGGCGUAAGUAUUGUGUCAGAAGAAGACUUACCAGAUUGCAGAGCACGACAAGUCUGCAGUAAAGUCGACCUUUAUGAUUCAGCCCAGCCUUGGAUUGAACGAAAAUGUCGGUGUUUGGGACACAGGCCUUGUUCUAGUGAUUUGUCGUCGGAUGAUAACCAUACUCUCGCAGAUAAGACAACACUAUACAAGACCUGUGAACCAGUGAGGCGAUUGCCAAAAUGCCGGUACUUCAAGGACGCGGCAUGGACCAUAUUCUCAUUGCCAGAUAGCAAUGCUACUCAACAGAUAGUUAAUUGCCACUGUCCAAAGUCUUCAGUUACAUAUCUUCUCAAGAAAUUGCCUUACACGACACCUAGCGGUGAACAAGGCAACCAGUAUCAAUUCGCGUGCUCGCCACAAAGCCGAUUGAGGUGUUCACGAAAAGAACCAUGCCGGCUGUUCAGCGCUAGGCGGCGCCACGAACAGAUAGACGAAGUGAACGCAAGUACAAUCUGCCAAUGCCCACGAGACCACACAUGUCCCAAACACCAUACAGAACCAGGUGUGCUGCCAGGAGUCACCUACGUCGCUGAAGAUAUCCGCACCUACCACGGCUACUGCAUGCCAGAACCGCCCCCUGAUAGCUACAGGUUCGUUGGAGACAAAGACUGAAACACCUAGUCUAACGCUCAAAGCUUCAUAUUUCGUUAAUACCUGUUCAGUACAAAAUUGUCGUAAGAAUACGAAAAUCAAAUCGGUAAAGGUAGUUUUAAAAUAUGAACAUACACGGACCGGAAUCAAUAUAAAAUCACAGAUAUUGAUGCGAUAUAUAUCUGGCCAGUUAAGCAUUGAUUUGUCUACAUAGACAGCUAUGAUGACCUCAGUGUAAAUAUAUGUAAGUUAAAAUCGCUAUUACAUAGUAAUUGUUUCUGUUAUGUUUUGUAAAUAAUAUUUUUAAGUAUCAUUCCAAUCGGUUAGAUUAAAUUAUUUUUAUAUAACUUGCCAUACUGUAUCUAUUGCGUGCAUUUCAUGUAAACAACGGAAGUGUAAAGGACUUUUUUAUAUAUACUAAAAAGUUGACAUAAAUUAUUUCCAUAUAGGGCCCUUCCUCUGUAACUUCCAAUAGCGAUAUCGAACCCAAUUAUGAUAUUUUAUAAGAUGUUUUUAAGGCCAAAAAGGUAUACGUAUGUAUGUUAUUAUGUCACCUAUAUUCACUUAUUGUGUGAUUUUUUACAACAUUUAUAACUGUAUAUAAUAAAAUUACAAAAAAUAGCUGCAAUCGUCAUGAUUGUGGUACAAUAGUUUUUCGAAUAAAGGACUUUAUGAUAUAAUCGUUAUUUACAUGCAAAAUGUUCUAAAGAUAUAUUGUGUACUUUAAGACUGUUGCCUUGUUUCAAUGUCUUCCAUGGACAAAGUUUAUGUUUGCGAUAUUAUUGUUUUAGAUGAACCUUAUUGUUAAAUACUAUUUUUACGAUUGUGUUGCCUUUUGUAUUGAAUAUAGCAAUCGUGUAUUUAUGUAAAUAUGAGAAAAUGUUAAUAUUUUGUAUUGUACCGAGGUACGUCUUCCUUGUUUUACGUAGGUUUAGUUAAAUUAUUGACACAAAGCGA